AAUCAAGAUCAGCCCUUCCUGUUUUAUUUUAUAUAAACACAAACACCCCCAACAAGUUCAUUUCAUUACACAAACAAAAGCAGAGAGGUCCCUCACUCUGUUUGGCUCUUCUUCAUUUUCCUCUUUCCUUCUUCCACACAUUAAAAUUAAACAACCCAACCCUUUUUUCCCGUAACUCUCACCCAAACUUCAUUUUCGCUCGCACUUUCUGUACCCAUGACGACCAAGGAUUGUGGCAAUCAUGGCAAAUGUCGCCGGAAAAUCGUCCGAAAAAUCAUCGCUGGCAUUCUAAUCUUCAACCUGAUUGUUCUCAUCACAAUCCUUCUCAUUUGGGCAAUCCUUCGUCCCAGCAAACCCAUGUUCAUCCUCCAAGACACCACGGUCUACGCUUUCAACGCCUCGACCCCGAAUUUCCUCACAUCCAGUUUCCAAGUCACCAUAUCUUCUCGAAACCCAAAUGACAGAAUUGGAAUUUACUACGACAGGCUCGACAUCUACGCCACGUACAUGAACCAACAAAUCACCCUCCGGACAGCACUCCCUCCUAAUUACCAGGGUCACAAGGACAUCACCGUUUGGUCGCCUUUCAUCUAUGGCAACAUGGUCCCCAUCGCUCCAUUCUAUUCCAUGAAUUUGGUUUCCCAACAGGCUGAUGGGCCUGUUUUCCUGGUGAUCAAUAUUGAUGGACGAGUGAGAUGGAAAGUUGGAACUUUCAUUUCAGGUAGAUAUCAUCUUUACGUUAGAUGUCCGGCUUCUAUUACCUUCGGGAGCAAAAGUAACGGCGUUAUUGUCGGAGAAAACGCUGUUAAGUAUCAGUUCGUGACUAGAUGCAGCGUUAGUGUCUGAACAGAAAGAAGGCGAAGAAGAAAUUAACGCCGUUAAGUUUAUCGUUUGUUUUUCUCUAUCUUAAUCUCUCUCCCUCGUUCUUUUUUUGACGCCGUUAGUUUUUUCUUUUUUUUUUUUAGCAAGGGGAGGAAAUUGUACAUUUUGCUAUAGAAUAAAUGGAGAGACAGAUAGCAAAAUUUACAAUUAAAUAAGUGAACUAGCUGUAGUAAUUUUUAAUUUCUAAAAGAAAUGUGUGAUUAAUAAGAAUUAUUUUUCAAUUACAUAGUAAUUGAGCAAUUAAUUAGUUGUUUACUCUUUAUUUCAUUUCUUUAUCAUUUUUUAAUUCUUGGAUCUAUAAAUUUUGUUUUUCUUAAGAAAAAGAGAAUAUUUUCAACCUUGAUUGGGGUGUCGGUUCUAUUUGUUAAUAUAUGUUUCUUAUUUCUUAUGAUUGACUCCAUGUACAUCUUGAUGACCUGAA